UUUACCACUGAUAUCCAACACUUUUAAACGUCAUAAAAAGGGUAAUAAUCGCUCUCCCCCACAAUCUACAAAAUUUCUUGUCUGUUACUGAUUUAUCCUGUUACAAUAGUGGAUAUUGCGGGCACCGAAAUAAUCAUUUCUCCCACCACAGAAGCCGAAUUACCUGAUCCGAUCCAACCUAGUAUUCUCUAUAUGGAAGCAUCUCUACCGUCACAACUUCAAUCACUUACCAUAUCUAAAGUCUUAAAUUCUCCAGACCCUCGGCUUCGUCAUAUUCUGCCUCCGCCGUUGGUUGUCAUGGUAGAUGAAGAAGGGGAAUCUCGUAAACGCCAUUAUCCAAUGAUUCCUUUGCAUCUAAAUCCUAUGGAACCCAGCAAAAGAAUCAGUCUGCAUACAGCUAAUAAACAAUACGACUGCUCGUUCUGUCAGAAAAAAUUUAUGAGGCCAUCAUCCUUGAAAAUUCAUACCUAUUCGCAUACGGGUGAAAAACCUUUCCAUUGUAGUUAUCCUGGCUGUAGACGUCGAUUUAGCGUACAAAGUAAUAUGAGAAGACAUUUACGUGUACAUUCUAAUUGAUCCGGUUACUGUCGCUGUAUACAUAAACGAGG